GAGCGAGGUAGAGUCACACUGGGAUGCCAACACACACUCUGAGCAACACAUUCCUGUGAACCGGCUCCAUUCAGAACCAGUUUUGUUCCGGUUUGGACCCAGUUUGGACCCGGUUUGGAGCCAGUCCCACAGCUGGACUGGUGUUUGCAGACAUGAAGGCGGUGGUUGUGUUUUUGUUGGUGGUGGUGGUGAUGGAGGGAGCUUCAGCCCAGCAGAGAGGUCUGUUCCCGGCCAUCCUCAACCUGGCCAGUAAUGCAGUCAUCAGCAGUAACGCCACCUGUGGAGAUCCACAACCAGAGGUUUACUGUAAACUGGUGGAACAUGUUCCAGGACGAAGAAUCAAGAACCCACACUGUCCCAAAUGUGAUGCCAACUCAGUCCUGUCCAAAGAACGACAUCCAAUCACAAAUGCCAUAGAUGGAACAAACCAGUGGUGGCAGAGUCCUAGCAUUAAGAAUGGGCGUCAGUUUCACUGGGUCACCAUCACUCUGGACCUGAAACAGAUUUUCCAGGUCGCCUACAUCAUCAUCAAGGCAGCGAACUCCCCUCGGCCUGGGAACUGGGUUCUGGAACGCUCUCUGGACGGCGUGACCUUUGACCCUUGGCAGUUUUACGCCAUCAGUGACUCGGAGUGUUUGAUUCGAUAUAACAUCACACCGAGACUCGGACCGCCAACGUACAAGAGCGACACUGAGGUCAUCUGUACGUCCUACUACUCCAGAUUAAACCCUCUGGAACAUGGGGAGAUCCACACGUCUCUGAUUAAUGGCCGACCUGGAGCUGAUGAUUUGACCUCUGACCUCCUAAACUUCACCUCGGCUCGUUUCAUCAGACUGCGUUUGCAGCGAAUCAGAACUCUGAAUGCCGACCUGAUGACGCUGAGCACCCACGACCCCCAGGACAUCGACCCGAUCGUGACUCGGAGGUAUUAUUACUCCAUCAAAGACAUCUCUGUGGGAGGGAUGUGCAUCUGCUAUGGCCACGCCCAGAGCUGUCCUCUGGAUCCUGUUACCAAGAAACUGCAGUGUGUGUGUGAACACAACACCUGUGGAGAGAGCUGUAAUGAGUGUUGCCCUGGUUACCACCAGCAGCCAUGGCAACCGGGAACCGUGUCAGAAGGAAACACCUGUGAAAAAUGUAACUGUUACAACAAAGCAGAGGACUGUUUCUACAACCAGACGGUAGCUGACGUCAGACUCAGUUUGAACAUCCAUGGCGUCCGUCAGGGGGGCGGAGUCUGUGUGGCCUGCAGACAGAACACAGCUGGUGUGAACUGUGAGACAUGUGCUGAUGGAUUCUACAGACCUGCACAGGUUUCUGCUUAUGCAGACGCUCCAUGUGUUGAAUGUAACUGUGACCUGAGAGGAUCCGAGACGUCAGUCUGCACCAGAGAUGACACAGUCCCAGGUUUCUCUGCAGGCCAGUGUGUUUGUAAGGAAGGCUUCGCAGGGCGACGAUGCGACCGCUGUGCAUUUGGAUUCAGAGAUUUCCCUCUGUGUGUUCGCUGUGAGUGUAACCUGGCAGGAAGCAUCAACAAUGACCCCUGCACUGACUGCAUCUGCAAGGUGAAUGUGAUGGGGGCUCACUGUGACCUGUGUAGACCAGGUUUCUACAACCUGCAGGAGGACAAUCCACUGGGCUGCACUGACUGCUUCUGCUUUGGCGUCUCAAAUGUCUGUGAGAGUUCUGGGUGGUCCAUAGCACAGGUGACUUACACCAAUGCUUGGCUCCACCCCUUUCAAGCUGUCAGCAUACCUGCUGUCAUCCAUGGCAAUGACCUCCUAAUCCCUGGAAACCACACCUUUGGCCACGCCAAUCAACAUGUUUUCUCAUGGAUGGCAUCAGACAGUUUCCUUGGAAACAAGCUCACAUCUUACAGAGGUUUAUUGAACUAUACUAUAGUUUAUGAUGUCCCAUUGGAUAAUGAAGAUCGCUCUCUACCCGCCCACUCUGACAUCAUCAUCGAGGGUAAUGGCCGGGCUCUUCGUCUCGCUGCUCCUCGUCUCCUCUUUCUCUCAUCACUCAAAGAAAGCUUUGUUACCGUGGUGAUGAUCCAACAGCAGUUUGUGGACAAACAAACGCAUCUUGAGAUCACACGGGAUGACCUCCUGUCGGUUUUAGCCCAGGUUACAUCACUGAGGGUCAACGUUUACCUCAACACCUCAGCAGAGGGGCCAAUACGUCUCAGUACCAUAUCCCUUGAUGUAGCGGACUCUGCCUCUGUUUCUGGUCACAAAGCCGUUGCCGUGGAGAUGUGUGAGUGCCCAUGGGGUUACAGCGGUACUUCCUGUGAGGCAUGUCUUCAACGUUUUUACAGGGUGGGCGGAGUCUUGUUUGGAGGAAACUGUAUGCAGUGUGAAUGUAAUGACCACGCCUCCCAGUGUGACAUCAACGGAGUUUGUGUGGACUGCUCCCAUAAUACCACGGGGCCUCACUGUGGUCAGUGUCUUCCUGGUUUCUAUGGCGAUGCUACAGAAGGAGGAGCUGAUGACUGCCGCCGGUGUCCGUGUCCUCUCACUGAAUCGUCCAACAGCUUCAGUCCCACCUGUGUGCUGGAGUCUUCAGGUCAGGUCUUAUGUGACCAGUGUCAGGACGGAUACACAGGAAUGAACUGUGAAAGGUGUGCCAGUGGUUUCUAUGGCAACCCACAGGUAGUGGGCGGAGCUUGUGUGAGAUGUGAGUGCAACGGUAACGUGGACAUUAGCGAGGCGGGACACUGUGACACUGUCACCGGGGAGUGUCUCCGUUGUCUGGGUAACACCGGUGGACAUCACUGUGAGGUCUGUCGGCCUGGUUACUAUGGAGACGCCAUUUAUGAGAAAAACUGUCGAGAAUGCAGGUGCGAUGUGGUUGGCGCCGUCUCCGGUGUGUGUGACGUCACUACAGGUCAAUGCGUGUGUCAGGAAAAUGUGACAGGACGCACAUGUGACCGCUGUCAGUCUGGAUUCUUCGGGUUGCAGAGUGGGAGGGGCUGUCAGGCCUGUGGAUGCAGUCAAUGGGGUUCACUGUCUGAGUCAUGUGACAACGAGGGGCGGUGCCAGUGUGUGGUGGGCGUAGCUGGAGACAAGUGUGACCACUGCAGCCAUGGUUACUAUGGUUUCCAUGGUGACGGGUGUAAAGCUUGCGACUGUAAUCGCACAGGUGGAAACUGUAACCCCCAAACUGGCGAGUGUAUCUGCCCCGCCCACACAGAGGGAGACGCCUGUGACAGGUGUGAGACGGGUUACUAUGGAUACGACGCUGUAACAGGGUGCAAGCCGUGCAUGUGCAGCACAGCAGGAAGCUCCGCCCACCAGUGCAACCUGACCAGUGGGCAGUGUCCGUGCAGAGAGGGCUUCUCUGGCAGGUCAUGUGACCAGUGUGCACCAGGUCACCACAGUUACCCAGCAUGCACAGCAUGUGGCUGUGAUGUGGCAGGAACAAAGGCUGAAUUCUGUAACGCAACCCUGGGAGUGUGUAACUGUCAGAGUGGAGAGUGUGUGUGCAAGGCGGGCGUGUCGGGUCGACGCUGUGAAGAGUGUGUUUCUGGUCGGUUCGGACUCUCAGCUGAGAAUCCAGACGGAUGUUCUCAGUGUUUCUGUUCUGGACUGAGUGAGGACUGUGAAGAGCAGGAAGGGCUGACCAGAGUCCCCAUCAGCCUGUCUCCUUCUCCAGCCCCCCUCCUCCCUCUGGUCACUCAGUUGGACCUUCGGGGUGUCAUAUCUGGAGUUUACCAGCAGGACGGCCACAUGUUUGUGGACACUCGUCAUCUGAACAGCAGCAGACUGAUGGGACCGCUCUACUGGAAGCUUCCACAACAGUUCAGAGGAAACCAGCUGUUGUCGUACGGUGGCGUGCUGUCAUACACUGUGACCUUUUACGCUGAAGACGGCUCAGGACUGGCCAAUCAGGAGCCGCAGGUCUUGAUCAGGGGCGGGACUCUGAGAAAACUGGUCAUAUACACAGAUGUUGUUGCCCCUAGCAACGGAGUCAUGACUCAGCAUGACAUCAGUCUCAUGGAGCACAAGUGGAAAUACUUUAACUCGGUGUUGGAGAAGCCGGUGAGUCACGCCGACUUCAUGUCGGUCCUCAGUAACGUCCAGUACAUCAUCAUUAAAGCAUCGUAUGGGACGAGGCUGCAGCAGAGCAGAAUCUCCAACAUCACCAUGGAAACAGCCGUGGAGGCAGAGGAAGUGGAGAGGUCAGAGGUCAAAAGAGGUGUGGCCAGACUGAUUGAAUCGUGCAUGUGCCCGCAUGGAUACGCUGGACUGUCCUGUCAGGAGUGUGCUCCUGGUUAUUUCCGUCAGCCUCUGAGCGAGUUGUCGUCUCGGGAUCAGAAGUCUCUGUUUGUGCGUCCCUGUGUGCCGUGUCGUUGUAAUAAUCACAGCCGGAGCUGCGACAUGGAGACCGGAGAGUGUGAGGGUUGCCUACACCACACCUCUGGUCCCAGCUGUUCUGUCUGUGCUCCAGGUUUUUACGGUCGUGUUCGUGGUUCUAUCUCCGACUGCUCGUUGUGUGCCUGCCCUCUGCUCAACAAUAGUUUCAGUGCGACAUGUGAACCAGACGGAGCGCUCGGUGACUUCCGCUGUACCGCGUGUCGCCACGGAUACGAAGGCCGCUACUGUGAGAGGUGUUCUGUCGGUUACUAUGGUAACCCCUCAUCACCGGGCGGGGUCUGUUCGACCUGUAAGUGCAGCCAAUGGGGAUCCCUGAACCCACUGUGUGACCAUGUGACUGGACAGUGUGAGUGCAAGGCCGGGGUCAAAGGUCAGCUGUGUGACGGCUGUGAGGAGAGGCAUGUCAUGGAGGGCGGAGCCUGUGUGUCCUGUGAUGAUGAGUGCACCGGUGUCCUUCUGGAUGACUUGGAAACCAUAUCCAACCACUUACUGUCUGUGAACCUGACUGGAGUCACUGUUGCACCCAUCGGCCAGUUGGUGGAGCUGGAGACCCAGACCAGAGGAGUCCAGGUGGUGUUUUCAGGAAAUGGCUCCAUUUUUCAGCAGCAGUCCAGAGCAGAGAACCACCUGACUCAUGUGACCUCUGACCUCAGGGCUUUACUGCAGAAGGCCUCCCAUCUGUCCGACUACCUGGAGGAAGUAGGCGUGUCCGCCAACAACAGCUUUUUCAAGGGUGCGCUGCUGCUGACGAACAUCACCGACCUUCAGAACAACAUCCAAGUGCUUGAAAUGGAGGCGGGACUACUAAACCAGACCACAGACGAGGAGCUGGAUUCAGCCAAUCAGACACAUCUGCUGGCUGAGGUGGCGUCCAUGUUGGAAACAAUCAGAGGGAUCAAUCUAACCGCUGCCGAGGCCACAGCCAGUCAGGAGCUCAGCCUCACAGAGACUCUUUCCCGCUCGCUAAAAAUGAACUUCCUGUCUGCGAGUCAGGAGGUUGACAACAGGCUCCACCCCCUUUCCAGAGCACUCACAGUUACCACGGAAACACUGCAGCACACACAGAUACAGCUGGGCAGCGCCACCCAACAAAACACACAAACAAACGACCUGUUGAAUACAACGUAUGCCACACUGCAGCGCUACCAGUCUGUCCGUCAGAGCCUCAGCGAUGUGCAUCUGACUGUUGAUGGUCUUAUGGAGGAGAGUCAGCAGCUGCUGUCAGACACCAUCAACCUGACGCAGGAGUUGACCAACACCACCACACAGGUGGAGCUGUUGAGUGGACAGCUGGACCAGUGGCGCCCCCUGCUGAGGAAGCAGGUGGACGGUCUGGUGGUGGGGCUGAAGAUGACUGACGCUCUGGAGAAUGUUUACCGAGCAGAAAGCCACGCCCAUCAGCUGCAGAGCCACGCCCACAGCCUGCACAGCUCUUUGUCCUCAGUGUGUAACAUGUCUCAGAACAGCAGCCGAUUGGUUCGGCUUGACAGUGACAUCACACAACGCGUUGAUUCUGCCCACCAGGCCGCCUCCGUCGCCCAGACGACCGCUGCCAUCGCUUUCACCAUGACUGUCCAAUCAGAUCGUCUGCUGUCACAGGAAGGCGGAGCCAAGCUGAACACCAGCUCCGCUGUUUUACAACAAAGUCGACGAAUCAACGAGACAGUCCGAGAUGUGCAGACCAAUGUUUCCAUGGUAACCACCAGACUGGGCGUGGUCAGACAGAGCAUCCUAAACGCCAGCCUCUUCCUCCAUCAGCCAAUCAGAGAGCUGAAAAGCCUGCAUAAUGGUUCAUCUAUUUUGCUGCAGCGGGUGCAUCAUCAGGCAUCAGUUGCACACACUGGUCUACAGGAGGCGCUACAGAGGCUGCAACGAAUCAGAGAGCAGCUGCAAGUUUCUUCUUCUGUGGUGGAAAAAACCAGUGAAACUGUGAAGGAGACAAAUGAGCUCGUGUCAAACACACACACUGCAGCCAAUGAAGCUCAACGUAAGCUCAAAGAGGCGGAGCAUCGCACAGACCGUCUGAUGGACAGGAUCAAACCGCUGAGCAUUCUGGGAGAAACACUGAGCCGGAACUUAACUGACAUCAGAGAGCUCAUUGAUCAGGCCAGAAGACAGGCAGCAUCGAUAAAGGUGGCGGUGCAGGCGGACCGGAACUGUGUUCGUUCCUACAGACCUGAACUUCAGUCCAGCAACUUCAACACUCUGACUCUGACUCUGAAGACUUCCAGCCCCAACAACCUGCUUUUCUACCUGGGCAGCAGGACCAAGGUGGAUUUCCUGGCGAUGGAGAUGCGUGACGGAAAGGUGUCCUUAGUUUGGGACGUGGGUUCUGGCAGCAAAAGACUGGACUUUCCUGGGCUGGACAUCACCAACAACAAAUGGACCCGCAUCAAUGCCACACGGUUUGGCAGCCACGCCUCUCUAUCGGUCCACCAACUGGAGUCAAAUUCGCCUCCGUUGCCGACGGUAACCACAACAUCACCUGGAUCGGCUCGGGUUCUAGACAUCGACAACAACACAGUGAUCCACAUCGGAGGACUGGGAGCAAACACACAGAGGCCUUCGGCGUUGAGGUCGACCACCUUUCAGGGGUGUGUGGGCGAAGCGUCGCUCAAUGAGAGGAACAUGGGCCUGUGGAACUACGUCAGCAGAGAAGGGGAGUGUGGAGGCUGUUUCAGCAGUCCUCAGGCAGAGGAAACCUCCUUCCACUUCGAUGGUUCUGGCUUCUCAUUGGUUCAGAAACCUUUGCGUGCCACCUCCACCUCCAUCGUGCUGCUGUUUAAAACUCUGUCACCCAGCGGUCUACUGCUGUACCUGGCCUCCAACAACACGAGGGACUUCCUGUCCAUUGAACUGGUGGAGGGUCGUGUUCGUCUGACCUUUGACCUGGGCUCAGGCCCCUUAAUCCUGACCUCCAGCAGGAAGUACAACACCGGCGUCUGGUACAAGAUCACACUGCAGAGGAACAAACGCAAAGGUUACCUGUCCAUCAUGGCAGCCGACCAAUCAUCAGAGAAAGAAGUGUUGGAGGCGGAGUCUCCUGGAUCUGCCUCGGACCUGAACCGGUCUGACCUGGACCCCAUAUACAUAGGAGGACUUCCUGCAUCCAGACCAAUCAGGCGACAGGUCGUCUCGCGCUCGUACGUCGGAUGUAUAAAGAAUGUGGAGAUUGCUCGGUCCAACUUUGAUCUUCUGCGAGAUGCCUUCGGAGUCAGAAAGGGCUGUGUGUUAGAGGCGGUACGAAGCGUCUCCGUUUUGAACGCCGGCUUCGUUCAACUCGCUCCUCGGAUGCUCAGUCAGGAGGCGGAGCUUCUCUUCUCCUUCUCCUCCAAUAACCAAUCAGGAGUGCUGCUGGCCGCCUUCAGUGAUGACCUCACACAGCGACAGCGUUUCCUGUCCAUCCAGCUGGUGUCCGGCUCACUGGAGGCGGAGCUAGGCGAUGUGGGCGGGGCCUCUCAGAGGGUGUUUGUGGGGAGUCCUGACGGUCGAGGAUUCACCGACGGAAACCAACACUCCGUCAUCGUCACCGUCAGCAGGAAGUCUCUGUCGGUCCAGGUGGAUGAGGACCACCUGAAGUCCAUGGCUCUGUCACCAGCUGGACUGUCCCAUCUGUCUCCCGCCUCCUUCUUCAUUGGUGGGUUACCCCUGGGGGUGGAAUCCCGCCUACCAAUCAGAAUCCAGAACCUGUCCAGGUCGUUCAGAGGCUGCAUCCAAAACCUGGCAGUGGGCGGAGCACUCAUUGACCUAUCAGGAGCUGUUCGAUACGAAGGGGCGGAGCUCGACAGUUGUCUGUUAGAGGAGAGAGUUGGAGGGGCGGUGCUUUCUGACGACCAGGAUGUUGAACCCACUCCAGACCCCGCCCACUUUCCUGUAGCCCUGCCCACCUACCUGAGUGCCCUCACACCUGGAACCCUGACGUGUUUGUCAGAGGCAGAGCCCAGCUUCCUGCCCUCAGCCGCCCAGUUUGGUUCAUCCAGAUACAGUCACAUGACCUUUGUUAUCAACCCCCACAGUGUCCGAAAGAGUCUGUCCGUCAGAUUAGCGGUCCGAAGCCGAGCUCACGACGGUCUACUGCUCCUCCUGUCCAGUAAAAACCACAUGGACUUUGCGGUCUUGCGUCUGGUGGGUGGGAGGUUACAAAUGUCAGCUGACCUGGGGAAAGGUCCCGCCUCUGUGGCUUCAUCAGUCAGGUUGAAUGACGGCCAAUGGCACAUGGUGAGUGCGGAGAUCAGUCGUCGUUCUGUGUCGGUGUCGGUGGACGGCUCCUCAGACUCAGUGUCCAUUAAAGGAAACCAGCUGGAUGUGGAGAACAGGCUGUACCUGGGAGGACUUCCACACAUGCACACUGUGAAGAGGAUGAACGUGAGCAGCAGUUUCCCAGGAUGCAUUCGAUCGGUCAUUUUGAACAGCGCUCACUUGGAUCUGUCCAAACCCUCCUCCCAGCAUGAUGUCACUUCCUGUUUCACCAACGACCAGGCGGGAAGUUACUUUAAUGGAAGUGGAUACGCCGUCUUCAUGCGUGACGGUUAUAAAGUGGGCUCUGACGUGACCGUGUCUCUGGAGUUCCGGACGAGCCAAUCAGAGGGAGUCUUUGUGGGCAUCAGCAGUGCUAAGGUGGAUGCCAUUGGACUGGAGAUGGUUAACGGACAGGUGGUGUUUAACGUCAAUAAUGGGGCAGGCCGAGUGUCGGUGCGCUCCAUUGGUCAGAUGCUGUGUGAUGGACAGUGGCACCACCUGGUGGCCAAAAAGACCAAACACACUCUGAGUCUGAGUGUGGACAGACUGAACUACUCCACCCAGAACCCCUACCCACAAUCCACCUCUGCAGAGACCAACAACCCCGUGUACGUGGGAGGACAUCCAGAUGAGGUGAAGCAGAACUGCCUGUCCAUCAGCUCCAGGUUCACAGGUUGUCUGAGGAACAUUCAACUCAUCAAAUCUCACCUCACUGACGCUCUGGACCUCAGCUCCGCCCACUUCCUGACCGGGGUCAUGCCUAAUUCCUGCCCUGCUGCGUAGCUGGUCUGUGAUUGGUUGUUAGACAGUCAUGUGACAGUCGUCUGGUUGAUGACUGAUGUGUGUGAUCCUGUAGAGUCCAAUUAAAGAUGAAUACACCAACAGUCUGAGGUU